AUGAGGGUAACCAGUGCUUUGUUCCUGUCCGUGGUGUCAGCCACAUCGAUCCCGUCCAACGUCCACAGCCGAGCCGAGGGAAUUCCGCUGUCCGAGUUUGGCACGUUCGCCGCCAUAACGCCCGAGGAGGCCAAGUCCGGAGCCGACCUACUUGACACUGACUUCUCAACGCUGGAGAGACGGGCUACACAAGGACUCCCGCUGUCCAGCUUCGGCACUGUCCACUCGGUAACCCUCGAGGAAGCCCAAGCCGGCGUGGACCUGAUAGGAACCAACUUCACCCUCCUGCCCAUUUCGGGCAAUCCCCUCAAGCCCCUCGUCACCGGACUACUGGACGAAAUAUCCAGCAUCCUUCCCCGAGAUACCGGCGACUGCGCCAACCCGAACAUCCGCUUCGAAUGGGACGACUACUCGGCCUCGGACAAGCAAGCCUACGUCGACGCCAUCCAGUGCCUGCACAAUAAGCCGGCGUCCGGCCAAUGGAGCCCGUCGCAAAACCGAUGGGAGGACAUCGUCCGCAUACAUCAGAGCUACGCGCCCAACAUCCACAGCAAGAGCACCACGCAGCAGACGCACAAAUUCCUCUUGUGGCAUCGGUACUACGUCUGGGCCUUCGAGCAGAUCCUACGUGAUGAGUGCGGUUUCAACCGCGCCAUGCCGUGGUGGGAUGAGAAGAAGUGGGCUGGAAAGUUCGCCCAGUCGACUCUGUUCACGGACCAGUACUUUGGCAUCAUGUCCGGGCCUACCAACAACGCCGGUACAUGUGUCACCACCGGUAAAUUCGCCGGCUGGCAGUUGUCUCUCGGGCCCGGAUAUACUGUCAACAACCCUCACUGUCUCCAGCGUGCCGUCAACGAAGACAUCACCGCCCAGACCGGACAGAGCUCAUAUGAUACAUGUAUGGCGCGAACGUCGUACCCAGACUUCCACAGCUGCGUCGAGUUCUCAUUCCACGCGCAGGGCCACAACGGUGUCGGCGCCACCAUGGCCGACGCGAUCGCCAGUCCCGGCGACCCGACCUUCUUCAUGCACCACUUGUAUGUCGACUACGUCUUCCGCAAGUGGCAGAUCAAUGACAUCUCGCGCCGCACCACCAUCAGCGGAUGUGCCGACAACGUCAACUGCUCGCCGUUGACCCUCGACACGAUGGUCUACAUGGGGAAUCUCUGCGGCGCCAAGUGCCCGGAUCUCAAGGUCCGAGACCUCCUUAACACCCUGCAGGGGCACAUGUGUUAUAGGUACAACUACUAG